GGACCCGCCCUCCGCUCCACUGCCCCCUCCAGGUGAGUGGUAGCUUCUCCCCGGCUCGCAAGGUAGUGAUGACACGCGUCCCCCCUCCUCCAAACGCGAUUUGGUAGCGUCCGUGACGAAGUUAGCCCGACCCUCCCACGCGCGCCUCCUUCAUAGCAGCUGCUGCGCCCUCUCAGCUCCAUUGGCUCUCACGUGCAGGUAGCCCACCCCGAAUCAUCCUCUCGUCUCGCUCCCAGUGGGAAGUGACUGUAUUUCCCCCUGGUUGCCUUCCACCCGCGCCGCCUGGGCGCAUCGGCCUGGCCCGCCCGCUGACGUCACCUUCCAGUCCCGCCCCCUCCAGUGUCCCGGGCCCUUGCGGCGGGGCUGGCCCAGGGGGAGUCAGUUGAGGCGGCGGGAGCUCGGGGAAGGGCGGGCCAGGUGACUGGUCCGGGCCAUGCCGAGGAAGAAGCCUUUUAGCGUGAAGCAGAAGAAGAAGCAGUUGCAGGACAAGCGGGAGCGGAAGCGAGGGCUUCAAGAUGGGCUGCGAUCCAGUUCCAACAGCCGCAGCGGGAGCCGGGAGCGGCGGGAGGAGCAGACCGACACCUCGGACGGGGAGUCUGUGACCCAUCACAUCCGCAGGCUCAACCAGCAGCCUUCCCAGGGGCUGGGCCCACGAGGCUAUGACCCAAAUCGAUACCGGCUGCAUUUUGAACGGGACAGCCGGGAGGAGGUGGAGAGGAGAAAGAGAGCAGCCCGGGAGCAAGUGCUACAGCCCGUCAGUGCUGAGCUGCUGGUGCUGGACAUCUGGGAGGUCUAUCAGCCCGGCUCCGUCCUGGACUUUCCCCGACGUCCUCCUUGGAGCUAUGAGAUGUCCAAGGAGCAACUGAUGAGCCAGGAGGAACGGAGCUUCCAGGAGUAUCUUGGGAAGGUUCAUGGGGCUUACACCUCUGAGAAACUCAGCUACUUUGAGCACAAUCUGGAGACGUGGAGGCAGCUGUGGCGAGUAUUAGAGAUGUCUGACAUUGUUCUGCUAAUUACUGAUAUCCGACAUCCAGUUGUGAAUUUCCCACCAGCACUUUAUGAGUACGUGACUGGAGAGCUAGGGCUGGCCCUGGUGCUGGUCCUGAACAAGGUAGAUCUGGCCCCGCCGGCUCUCGUGGUUGCCUGGAAGCAUUAUUUCCAUCAACACUAUCCCCAGCUCCACAUUGUUCUUUUCACCUCUUUUCCUCGGGAUCCCCGCACCCCACAGGACCCUAGCAGUGUUUUGAAGAAGAGUCGGAGGCGGGGGAGAGGAUGGACUCGGGCUCUGGGGCCGGAGCAGCUGCUGAGAGCCUGUGAAGCUAUCACUGCGGGGAAAGUGGACCUGAGCAGCUGGCGGGAGAAGAUUGCCCGGGAUGUGGCCGGAGCCACCUGGGGUAAUGGCUCCGGGGAGGAGGAGGAAGAGGAGGACGGGCCGGCCGUCCUGGUGGAGCAGCAGACUGACUCAGCGAUGGAGCCAACAGGCCCCACACGGGAGCGCUACAAGGACGGGGUGGUGACCAUCGGCUGUGUGGGUUUCCCCAAUGUGGGCAAGUCCUCACUGAUCAACGGGCUGGUGGGGCGGAAGGUCGUGAGUGUCUCCAGAACCCCAGGCCACACCCGAUACUUUCAAACCUACUUUCUCACUCCCUCCGUGAAGCUCUGUGACUGUCCAGGCCUCAUAUUCCCCUCGCUUCUGCCCAGGCAGUUGCAGGUCCUGGCAGGGGUCUACCCCAUCGCCCAAAUCCAGGAGCCGUACACCGCCGUGGGCUACCUGGCCUCCCGGAUCCCUGUGCAGGCCCUGCUCCACCUGCGCCACCCAGAGGCCGAGGACCCCUCCGCAGAACACCCGUGGUGUGCCUGGGACAUCUGUGAAGCCUGGGCAGAGAAACGUGGUUACAAGACAGCCAAGGCGGCCCGAAAUGAUGUGUACAGAGCGGCCAAUAGCCUCCUGCGGCUGGCACUGGAUGGCCGCCUCAGCCUGUGUUUUCAGCCCCCAGGCUACAGCGAGCAGAAAGGCACCUGGGAGUCCCACCCAGAGACCAUGGAGCUGGUGGUUUUGCAGGGCAGGGUGGGGCCAGCAGGUGACGAGGAGGAGGAGGAGGAGGAGGAGGAGGAAGAGCUGAGCAGCUCCUGUGAGGAGGAGGGAGAGGAGGACCGGGAUGCGGAUGAGGAGGGGGAAGGGGAUGAGGACACCCCAACCUCAGCUCCAGGGUCCAGCCUGGCCGCCCGGAACCCUUACGCCCUGCUGGGCGAGGACGAGUGCUGAGUCCCUGCCCUGCGCCAUCUCCCCCAUUCCCCGCCCAUAUCUUUGCUUUUGGACUGACCUGGGGGUCUCUCCCGUCUGCCACCCCAAUUGUGAAUAAAGAUUGUCUGCUUUGUAGCACCUUCCC